AAGGGAGCGGGCUGGCGCGGCUAUGGGCUGUGGGCAAAGCGCGCGGGUCAUCAGCCUACUUCCUAGUGAUCUCCAAACAGAAUUGUUGCAGCAGGCUCCUGAGACUCCUAAACAAUUCAUCUUGGUGUGUUGUUUUUCUAUUGUGAUUGCAUCAUGGAAAAUCAAUUGGCUAAGUCAACUGAAGAACGAACAUUUCAGUAUCAGGAUUCUCUUCCAUCACUGCCUGUUCCUUCACUUGAAGAAUCAUUAAAAAAAUACCUUGAAUCAGUAAAGCCAUUUGCAAAUGAAGAAGAAUAUAAGAAAACUGAAGAAAUUGUCCAAAAAUUUCAAAAUGGUAUUGGAGAAAAAUUGCACCAGAAAUUACUUGAAAGGGCAAAAGGAAAAAGAAAUUGGCUGGAAGAGUGGUGGCUGAAUGUUGCCUACUUGGAUGUCCGUACACCAUCACAACUGAAUGUCAACUUCGGGGGUCCUGCGAACCAUGUUGAACACUUCUGGCCUGCAAAGGAAGGCACGCAUUUGGAAAGAGGAAGUAUAAAUCUUUGGCAUAACUUGAACUACUGGCAGCUGUUAAGAAAGGAAAAAGUGCCUGUUGAAAAAGUUGGAAAUACUCCUCUAGAUAUGAGUCAAUUCCGAAUGCUAUUUUCUACCUGCAAGGUUCCAGGAAUUUCUAGAGAUUCAAUUAUGAAUUACUUUAGGACUGAGAGUGAAGGGUGUUCCCCAAGUCACAUUGCAGUGCUGUGUCGAGGCCGAGUUUUUGUCUUUGAUGCAAUGCAUGAAGGAUGUUUGAUCACUCCACCAGAGAUUCUCAGGCAAUUGACAUACAUCCACAAGAAGUGCCAUAGUGAACCUGAUGGACCUGGGAUAGCAGCAUUAACUAGCGAGGAGCGAACUCAAUGGGCAAAGGCACGAGAAUAUUUGAUUAGUCUUAAUCCAGAGAACUUGACUAUGUUGGAAAAAAUUCAGAGCAGUUUACUGGUAUAUUCCUUAGAGGAUAGCAGUCCAUAUGCAACAUCAGAAGAUUUUUCACAGGCGAUGAAAAUGUGCCUCACUGGAGAUCCAACAGUACGCUGGGGUGAUAAAUCUUUUAACUUGAUUUCAUUUUCUAAUGGAGUAUUUGGCUCUAAUUGUGAUCAUGCUCCUUAUGAUGCAAUGGUUAUGGUAAACCUCAACGCUUAUGUUGAUGAGAAGAUUUUUGAGAAUGAAGGAAGAUGGAAGGGUUCAGAAAAAGUACGGGAUAUACCACUUCCAGAGGAGCUUGUUUUCACUGUGGAUGAGAAAAUAUUAAAUGACGUCAACCAAGCUAAAGCCAAAUAUCUCAAGCAGGCCUCUGAUCUGCAAAUUGUGGCACGUCCCUUUACACUUUUUGGCAAAAAGCUAACCAAGGAGAAGAAGCUUCACCCUGAUACAUUUAUUCAGCUUGCACUUCAGCUGGCCUAUUAUAGACUUUAUGGACGCCCUGCUUGCUGCUAUGAAACGGCUAGCACAAGACUUUUCUAUCAUGGCCGUACAGAGACCGUGCGAUCUUGUACAGUAGAAGCAGUCAGGUGGUGCCAAUCCAUGCAGGAUCCUUCUGCCAGUCUCCUUACGCAGCAGCAAAAUAUGUUACAAGCUUUUGCAAAACAUAAUAAAAUGAUGAAAGACUGUUCAUCUGGAAAAGGAUUUGACCGUCAUCUUUUAGGUCUUUUACUCAUAGCAAAAGAGGAAGGUCUCCCUGUUCCAGAAAUCUUUACAGAUCCACUUUUCUCCAGAAGUGGAGGAGGUGGAAACUUUAUUCUCUCAACAAGUCUGACUGGUUAUUUAAGAGUCCAGGGAGCGGUGGUUCCCAUGGUACACAAUGGCUAUGGGUUUUUUUACCAUAUCAGAAACAACAGGUUUGUUGUGGUCUGUUCAGCCUGGAAUUCCUGUCCAGAGACUGAUGCAGAAAAGCUAGUCCAGAUGGUUUUCCAAGCUUUCUGUGAUAUGAUGAAGUUGAUGAAACUUGCUCAGCUCUAGAGACUAAGGGUUCAUCAAGCACAUUCCAAAAUAAUCAUUUAAACUGGGUGCUGCGAGUGGGUUAGCAAGGUGAGAUAGGAAGCAGUGUUGACUGGAAGGAAUCAUAGAACUUAGAAUCAUGCUCUCUAAAUUUAUACAAAGUUUGAUAUAGUGAAUAUAAAUAGAACUAUGCAAAGUUUAAGAUAAGCCUCAAAAAUGCAAAUGUACACAUUUUAACAAUGCAGGUCUUUUUAAAAAUAUCUUUAUUAGUAACUGUUUAGGUUAUAAAUUCUCUUCCUGAACAUCAUUGUAGAGCAGCAGUUUUUAACCUUUUUCACUUCAUGGCAAACACAAAUGAAUUACUAAAAUUCUGUGGCACACCAAAAAAUGUAUUUUUUGCUAAUCUGACAAAAAAAAUAGG